UCACUUGAAGUGUCAUUUCAAGUGUUAAGUCAUAUGUUUUUAUGGAUCACGUGAUUGCCUGCUAUCAGAUCCACAAAUAAACAUAUCGUCCAUCAGUUGAUUACAAUUGUGAUUAAUCUGAUCCCUAAAUGAGCCAAACAAGUGUCACAAAUGGCUAAGACAUGGACACACGUGUUGGUGACAGUUGGCAGCACUCGCUUUGAUAAGCUCUUGGAUCAGAUGAGUGAUGUGAAUACUCUUGGGUUGUUGUCAUCGUUUGGUUGCACUCAUCUGACCAUUCAAUACGGAUCGUCCGGUUGUCCGCCAAUCCAUUCAAAUCCAUUCAAUAUUACUUUGUUGUCAUCGUUUGGUUGCACUCAUCUGACCAUUCAAUACGGAUCGUCCGGUUGUCCGCCAAUCCAUUCAAAUCCAUUCAAUAUUACUGUUAAUGCCUUUGACUACAAGACUAGUAUUAUGGACGACAUGAUGAGCGCCGAUGUGGUUAUUGGACACGCGGAUCCUAACAUACGGUUGUCUGUCUGUCCGUCAGGUGCGGGAACAGCUCUGGAAGUGCUUCGACUACAUAAGCCGUUCUUAAUGGUAGUGAACGAUGAGCUGAUGGCAAACCAUCAAAAAGAGUUGGCCAUCGAUUUGCAAAGCGAAGGAUAUUUGCGAUACUGUUAUCCAAACCAAUUGCAAGAGAGUCUCAGAAGUUUUGGCGACCAAACGAUGGCAUCGUUGAAGACAUUUCCCGACCCAAUGCCUCACUUAUUCUCUGAUUUUAUUGAUAGCAUAUUCUUUAAA